AUGUCACGUAUGGCUGAUAUUCCUGUCACAGCUGCUCUUCAUCAUCAUGGUGAAGAACCAGAAGCAGCUGGUUAUACAUUAGAAGAAUUAUUUCAUCUUUCUCGUUCAACUAUUCUUCAACAACGUGUUAUUGCUCUUCAAACCUUAUCAAAUAUAAUUCGUCAAGCUCAUACUGGUAUCUAUGAUCGUGAUCUUCAAUUACCAUUAAUACCUAAAUUAAUUGAAGCUGGUAUUCUUUUUCUUAUACGUUGGGCUAUGGAUGAACAAAUUGAAUCGAUAUAUAUGAUAGCUAUUGAAUGUUUAGCAAAUCUAAUUGCACCAAAAAAAGAUGAAGAAAUUCUUUCUCAGACAAUGCAUUGGCCAUGUGGAUAUUAUGAACCAACAUUAACACCAGCAGAUAUACAAUUAGGUGACAAGAAAAGUGAAUCAGAUUUAACAGAUAUCGAAAUAUUAGAACAAGAUUUAAUAAAAUGUUUAUUUCGUAUGAAUGUAUUAAAAAGACUUGUUUAUUUACUUGAUCGAAUGAAAUUACUACCGUCAUUAACAAUUAUAAUUCCAGUUAAACAUUCAUUUCAUAUUCUUAUUCGUAUGGCAAGACAUUCAAUGACGUGUGCAAAUCAAAUUUUUGAAGAAAGACAAUUAAUGGAUUUUAUCAUAAAACAAUUUAUUCCAGAAAUAAUUACACCUAAUGAAGAAGGACAUGUAUAUGAACAUUCACUACAGGAAGCUUUAAAAUUUUGUCGAAUUUUAGCAAGUCAUGGUAGUACUUUAGCGUUUAAUCUUAUCAAUCGAUAUGGACUUAAUGAACGUUUAAGAAAUCAUUUAGUAGCUGCAGUCAAUCUUUCUUCAUCGUUACAAGAUAAUCAAACUCUCAGUGAAUUAUUAUCUCUUUGGCGUGUAUUUAUUUUACAAGGACAUAUGGCAAAUGAAUUUGGUUCUUUAAUACCAACAAUUAUUAUUCCACUUUGUCGAAUGUGUAUUCAACAAAUGCCAAAUAUGAUUAUUAGUCAAAUUUUAAUUCAACUUAUUACAUUAUUUGAUGCAUUGAUAAUUUAUGUUACAAAAUUUAUUUUAAAACAUCAAAAUUCAUCUGAAGAUUCAACAAAUGUUAUCAAUUGGUCACAUAUUGAUGGGCUUUUUGAUCUUAUUUUAACGAUUGCAAAACAAACUAUGAUAGAAACUGAUGAAAAAAUUGAACUUGAUGCUCUUCGUACGGCAUGUCUAUCAUGUUUAGCAUCAUUUUUAAUUGGUCAACAAUUAUUGGUUUAUUUACCCUCGAAAGUAAAACUUAUACGUAGUCAAUUCUUUGAACCAAUUCUACAUCUUAAAUCAACUAAACAGCUUAUGGAAAAUGUUAAAUUUGAAACAACAAUAGCUCCCAAAAAUGCAAGUGUCAAUCUUCCAACAUUAACACAAACAAAUAUAUCACCAUUUGGUUUCUUAAUCACUUUACUUCGUUUAACCAAUAUUAUUUAUCAAAUAGAUAAAUCAUUGUCUACUUCAAAUAAAUUUAUUAGUCAAUUAAUGUUAACAAAAGAUAGUGAAAUAGUAGUUUAUAUUAAAAAAAUGUUGAAUAAAUUAACAUCAUCAGUAACACGUAAAAUACCAUGGUUUGAACAAUUUGAACAUAUUUUUCUAUUUCAAUUUAUUCAAGUCAUCAAUCAAGAAAAAUCUACUGAAGAUUUACCAUCGAUUUAUUAUGAAAUUUUAUUUUCAUUAUUAUCAUCACUUUUAAAAGGUUAUCAUUAUCUUGCACAAGAAAUUCUUAAAUUUGUUUUAUUUGAUUUAUCUUUUUGGAAAAGAUCAAAUGAAACUGAAUUAGCUGAUUUAUCAUUGAUUACCAAUGAAUCUCUUUGUUUAGCAUCAAAUGAAUCUAUAAAAAUCUCUCCAUCUCAUCGUACAAUACUUUAUGAACGUGCUAUUGAACAUUUACCAUCAUUAUAUACUUAUUAUAAAAAUAUUCUUCAUUUAAAUCGUUCAUCAAUUGAUUUAAAUAUUUGUGAUAUUCAUUUUGGAAAUUUAUUUCAAAUGGAUGAUUCAUUUAAAUUAAAUAUUCAAUAUUCAGAUACAUUAAUUGAUCCAACAUGGCCAUAUGGUUUGCUUUCAUCACUUUAUACAAAUGUUUUAUCUAUUGUUGAAAAUGAAAAACGAUUAGAUAUUAUUUUGAAUACAUUACGUUUUGUUUAUAUAUUAGAAAUGAAAAAUAAUUUAUUUUUAUCUAAAGUGUUAACAAAAACUACACGUUUUUCAAUGAUUGCAGGAAUUUAUUUGCUUGGUUCGGAUAUAUUUCUUGAGAAAGAUGUAGCUGAUUAUCUUGUAGCAUUUUUAAAUUGUUUUAAUGAACAACAUUUAUUACAAAGAAUUGAAACAAGAACUAAUAUUCAAUCAUUAAUGACUUUUUUUGACUUGUAA